GGCUGCUGAAAGAAAGGGGCGGAGCGUCCGGUGCACCUCCCAGAAAAGCGGGGUGCUGUGCGUGGAUGCAGAACAGCUGCGUGUCUGGGGACUCGUCGCCCGGCUGAGCCAUGAGUCUGUUGAUGGAGCGGCGCCGCCGCAGGGAGUUUUACAUGUCCGAACCGGAGCGCAAACGAAUCUGUAAAAGUUUGGAGACUUCCCCACAAGACAUUAUUUGCCACCUACCAAGAAAGUGUCCUGUGGAUUACUGGAAUAUGGAGGAGGAGAAAAAGCCCAAAGACUUGUUUAGUCCCCAGAUUAUGAAAGAAAAAACAAAGUCCAUGAUAUUUCCGGAUAAUGAAACCAUAACUACUGCCCGGCCUUGCCCAAGAUGUAUUGCUGGAGAACCUGGGCACCUUGGCCAUAUUAUGGGUUUAUAGAAGAUCAGAGGACACAGAAGCUCUUGGUUUCAAUAGCUGUAUUUCUCUCCACUCCUCAGAAACAUAUGUGGGUGUAGGUUAUAGGGUAAAUGAGAUCUGAUAUUUGUUAAUGUUCUCAGAACAAUCCCAUGGCAGUUGAUAGCCAAAAAACAUUUGUCUUCAUUUGUUUUUCAUUCACUACAACACAUGUGGAUAAACAGAUAUGAUUUAUUUGUCUCAUUGUUUUACAUUUCUCUUUGCAGCCCACCUUUGCACUUAAGAUCUCUUACAGAAAUUCCAAAUCUGUGUUCAGUGGACCAAUGUUGUGGAUACCCAGUAGAUCACAUAGAUCCACCUCCCACUGUUAGCUGUACAAAACUGUAGCAAACAAUGGGGAAUUCUGCCUGUGCUGGUGGUACUCAUUUAUUGAAUCACAGUCCAAUACUGUAUAUAAGGUCCUGUUGCACUAUUAGCAAUCAGAUGUAUAAAUUACCAUAUGAAAAGAAGAAAAUAGCAUCUUUAAUGUCACAAAGGUUCCACAAAAAUGGGCACUUUCCCAUCAUAUAAAAAAAAUUAAAUAGAAGACUUAACUUGCAGUUUCUUUCUUGGCAGUGGUGAAUAUUAAAAUAAUGUGCAUGUUUGUUUGAGGAAUGCUAUAAAAUGUCCUUGACAUUGCUGAAAUUAUUUUGAAUAUGUUAUUAAAUCAAUCUUUAAAAAGCAAAAGAAAA